AUGAACCUUUUAGUUCCGCUUGUCAGUUCCAUCGCCUUUGUGGAUGAGGUCGGCAAGCCUGGUCCAGAAAGCCACCCAAAUCCUAAAUCCCCUAAAUGGAUGAUGACCCAAAAGACUAAAAAGAUUUGUGCUAUUCUGCCUGCUGAUUCUGAUGGUGGCUUCCCUCCCCCAUAUGUGGGCCACACCCAAAACCAGCUGGGGACUCCUUCUUCCCAGAAGCAGCUCCCAGCCAUCUACCAGUCCUUGUGUCCUGGGCCUCCACUCCUUUAUCGGAUAUCAGGCCUGCCGGCCUCUCCAACCCCAACUCUGGAGAGUCCAUUGUUGGAAAGCUUGAAACCAAAGGGUACUUGGCUGUUUACCUGCCGUAAAACUUUGCAAGAAAGGGCUUUCCAGACCACAGAACUCCAUCUGCCUGGCUACCCUGGCUACCCUGACGUCAUUAAGAAUGUGAUGUUUCACAGAGGUGCAGUGGUCUGCAUGUACGAUGGCGUCCGUGAGGGUAAUACAGCAGAGCAAGCGUUGAUGGCCAGCAUGUGCUACAAGGAGUCCGUGACCUUUGAGGAUGUGGCUGUGAACUUCUCCAGGGAGGAGUGGGCUUUGCUGGAUCCAUCCCAGAAGGAGCUCUACAGAGAUGUGAUGUGGGAAAUCUUCAUGAACCUGGCUGCCAUAGGAACGAACUCAGAUGGCCAGCACAUCGAGGAUGAAUACAGAAAUUUCCGGAAACACGUAAGAACUGAAGAGUUAGACCAAUCCUGUGAAUACAACUUACAGAAUCAGCAUGGAGAAAUGGUUUCUCAGACUCUGGAUACAAACGUGCUUGUGAAAGUUGUUGCUUUAAAACCAGGUGAAGGCAUUUCCUCUAGAAGGCCCCUGGUUGGCCCUUCAUCAGCAGAUGGGCCCAUCAUGGCAAACUCUGCACUCAAACCAUAUGAGAAACAGGGAUUGCAAGAGAAGCUGUCUGCCUGUGACAAAGAAGGGAAAACCUGCACAGAACUUCAGUCCUUUCAGAAACAUGCAAAGACAAGUCCUGGGGAGAAACCCCAUGAAUAUAUGCUGUGUGCAAAGUCCUACUCUGAUUGCACUGAAGAAAGUAGCACUGAAGAGAAGUCAGACGUCAUCUCAUUCAUUACACCCAUCAAUAUUCAAAUUGAGGAAAGAAGUCACAGCGAACUGAAUAUGUAUAUAUGUGUACCAUGGGGAACAUAUUUUAAUUCUCACCAUGAUACUCAGGCACAUGAAGAAGCUGAUUCUGGAGACAAGUCCUAUGUAGGGAAACACUACGGAAAACCAUUCCCUAACAGUUCAUUGGAUAAUCAUGAAAGAAUUCACACUGCAGAGAAACCCUAUGUAUGUAACCAAUGUGGGAAAGCUUACAGCCGAAGAAAGAACUGUCAAGAACAUGAACAAACCCACAGUGGAGAUAAACCCUAUGAGUGUAAGCAAUGUGGGAAAACUUUCAGCACACAAAGAAAAUGUAAAGUACAUGAAUGGACUCACACUGGGGAGAAACCCUACGUAUGUAAGCAGUGUGGGAAAGCCUUCAGCACAAGUGGCAAUUGUCGAAUACAUGAAAGAAAUCAUACUGGGGAGAAACCCUAUGUAUGUAAACAGUGUGGGAAAGCCUUCAGCAAAAGCAACACUUGUCGAAUUCAUGAAAGAAUUCAUACUGGAGAAAAACCCUAUGUAUGUAAACAGUGUGGGAAAGCUUUCAGCACCCAUGACAUUUAUCGAAUCCAUGAAAGAAGUCACACUGGGGAGAAACCCUUUGCAUGUAAGCAGUGUGGAAAAGCUUUCAGCAAAAGUAGUACCUGUCGAAUUCAUGAAAGAAUUCACACUGGAGAGAAACCCUAUGUGUGUAAGCAAUGUGGGAAAGCUUUCAGGACAAAAGAAGGUUGGCACAUACAUGAAAGGACUCACACUGGUGAGAAACCCUAUGCAUGUAAGCAGUGUGGCAAAGCUUUCAGCACAAAGUGUGAUUGUCAAACUCAUGAACGGAGUCACACUUCAGAGAAACCCUAUGUAUGUACAUACUGUGGGAAAACUUUUAGCAGAAAAUGUUAUUGUCAAGUACAUGAAAGGAUUCACACUGGCGAAAAACCCUAUGGAUGUAAGCAGUGUGGGAAAACUUUCAGGACAAAAGAAGGUUGGCAAUCACACGAGACAACACACACUGGUGAGAGACCCUAUGUGUGUAAGCAGUGUGGCAAAGCUUUCAGCACAAAGAAGUAUUUUAGAGCACAUGAGAGAAGUCACAUUGGUGAGAAACCCUAUGCAUGUAAGCAUUGUGGCAAAGCUUUCAGCACAAGGUGUGAUUGUCAAGCUCAUGAACAGAGUCAUACUUCAGAGAAACCCUUUGUAUGUACACACUGUGGGAAAGCUUUUAGCAGAAAACGUUACUGUCAAGUACAUGAGAGGACUCACACUGAUGAAAAACCCUAUAUAUGUAAGCAAUGUGGGAAAGCCUUCAGGACAAAAGAAGGUUGGCAGUCACAUGAAUGGACUCACACUGGUGAGAAACCCUAUGUGUGUAAGCAGUGUGGGAAAGCUUUCAGCACAAAGAAGUAUUUUAGAACACAUGAAAGAAGUCACAUUGGUGAGACACCCUAUGCAUGUAAGCAGUGUGGGAAAGUUUUCAGCACAAGGUGUGAUUGUCAAGCUCAUGAACAGAGUCACAUUUCAGAGAAACCCUUUGUAUGUACACACUGUGGGAAAGCUUUUAGCAGAAAACGUUACUGUCAAGUACAUGAACGGACUCACACUGGCGAAAAACCCUAUGUGUGUAAGCAAUGUGGGAAAGCCUUCAGGACAAAAGAAUGUUGGCAAUCACAUGAAAUGACGCACUCUGGUGUAAAACCCUAUGCAUGUAAGCAAUGUGGCAAAGCUUUUAGCACAAACAAAUGUGUUAGAAGACAUGAAAGAAAUCACACUAGGGAGAAACCCCACUUAGGUAAGCAAUGUGGGAAAGCUUUCGGGACACGUGGUGUUUGCCAAAAGCAUGAAUUGACUCACACGGGGGAAAAUUCCUAAGUAUGUAACCAAAGUGGGGAAAGCUUCCAGCAGACAGUAUACUUACAAAGAACAUGAAAGGGCCCACAGUGGAGAGAAACACUACGUAAGCAGUGUGGGAAAGCUUUCAGCACAGGUGGUGUUUGUCAAAAGCAUGAACGGACUCACACUGGGGAGGAACAUUAUCUAUGUAACCAAUGUGGGAAAGCUUUCAGCCUACAUGAUGAUUGUCAAAGACAUAAAGGAACACACUCAUGUGUAAAUGCGUUCAAUACACAGAGGUUUUGUUAGAUGAAAUAAGUCAUGCUUGGGAGAAAGUCUGUGGAAACAGGAAAAGCCUCUGCACGUUAACGAGCCUCCCAUGCAUAUUAAGGGAGACUGCAAUAACUCAGUGUAUGAAGUGACUUAGACGUGAAUCAGACUGAGACCCUUCGAAACAAUAUGAAACCUAUUUCAGUCCACACAAGUAUCAUCACAUACAUGAAAACGUUCGUGUCGAGACCUGUAACAUAUGUCAGCAAUGUGGGAGUGUUUUUAAAUUAAUGACAUGAAAGAUAUGAUGGGGCAUGUUAUAUACAUGGAAGCCCUUCAAUUUUUCCACAUUAAAAUACGUGAAAGCACUCCCAUUGAAGAGAAGUGCUUUGUAAAUAAUGUGAGGAAGCAUCACGUGAUGCCCAUAGCAUCAAUUGAUGAGUGUCAGUAUAAAUAGAGAACAUUUCACUAAUGAUAAGGCAUGGCGUUGCAGUGAGAAGAUUCAUACCAACAUUUAUGGGAACACUUGUAGUCAUUCUGGUUCAAUUCAUGUGGCAAAAAUCACCCCUGCUUGAAACCAUUAAUACAGGCAUUGCACACAACUUUCCAGCUUUUCUGCAUGCAAGAAUGAAUAUUGUUUUGAAAUCCUGUGAAUACGAAGGUCUCAGUAAUAACUCAUGUUUUCCAAAUCCUUUGAUCACAUACAGUGUAAACCUAAAAAAUGAGUUACUAAAAAAGAGCAAUUAUUUGUCCAGAAAAUACACAUGCGAAGGAGAUAUCCUGAAGUGUAAAUAUUGUAAGUUCCAUCUUAAAAUAGAUCUCUGGGUUAAAGAAUUUUAAAUUCUCUUUUAGGAAUUAACGUAGCCAGGAGUAGUAGUGCAUGCCUGUCAUCCCAGCACUCUGGAGGCUGAGGCAGGGUGGAUCAGUCCAAAUGUGAAAUGACUUGUAUUUCUUACAUGACGGUAGGCUUAGUGUUCUAACUAUUAUUUUUGUUUCCUUUUUUGUAUUUACUAAUUGGAGGGUAACAUAACUCUAAAACUGAAUUUCCUUAACUGCUGUCAUUUUCCCACUAGCUUGUAUUUAAUAGUUUGCUGGAUGCAGGCCAUUAUUCCAGCAAGAGUUUUUUAAUUGGCUGUCAUUUUAUAAUUUAUUACUAGUAACUUCUGUACAUGUGCUUAAGCAUUCCUCUGUUUUCAAACAACAUAAAUUAGCAGAUGUCAUGUUUUUAAUGUUGUAAGAAAAUAUCUGUACAUAUCCUAACAUAAUUACAGGUUAUAUGCAGUGCAUAAUUUCCCCUGAUUUUUCUCUUCAGCAGAACCAUUAAUAUGUGUGUGUACAGUAUCAUGAAGUUUCACUUUUCAUGUUCAUAUUGCCAGGAUUUUGGGGAGGUAAUUAUUCCAUCCAUUAUCCAAAAAAAUCUGUAUUUCUGUGAGGCCCCCACUGUCAGAGACCAGCAGAGCAAUCUGUUUUCUCAAAGAAGGUUCAAUGCGGUAUAAUAAUUAACCUCUCCACCAGCUAUAUAAGUUGAUAGGCUUUGUCAGCAAGAAUAUCCUCAGGAAUUUUUUUACCAUUUUUAUGUUUGGACAUGUUUCUAUUGGGUUUCUAUUCAUAAUAAAAAAGUGACAAAUGCAGUAAGAACAGUAUACCGCAUACUAACCUAAGUUAAUUAUACUUAGGUAAUUUAAUUUGCCAUCAGGUGGACCGUAUUUUACCAACUUUGUCUUAUUUAUUUAUUUAUUUUCCUUUUUUGAGACAGGAUCUCACAAUGUAGCCCAGGCUGGCCUCGAACACUCGGCAAUCCUCAGCUAUGUGCAGAUACUACAUGCGUUCACCACCACACCAGGGAAAAUUUUAUGUCUAUUUUAUGAUGAAAUAUUAAAUUUCUCAUGUGCUUCAUGAGCUAUCCUACAUUGCAGAAUAUAGUACUAGCGUUUACAUACUUCAGGGUGCGGCUAAUUUUACUGCAGCGCAUUUCUCAUUCUUCUCAUCACUGGAGCAUGGAUUGCACAGUGCACACUGCUAUUCCAGCCACAAAAAAGUGCAAAUAGAGGUCAUUUUUACCCUAGUACAUUUACUUCCUGCCAGUGUAGCAUUAAAAAGUCUUCCUGGUACUGGCGGUUUCUGUCUGUAAUCCCGCCACUCAAGCACAGGUGAACUGCUUGAUUAGAACCACCCUGUGCAACUCAGUGGGACAUGUGGAAAAUGAAACAUGAAAUGCAGAUGCAGCUCACUUCACUGAUAUUCUUGAGGAAACUCGCUUUUAUCGGCCAGGCAUCCUUGCACAGGCCUGUAACACUAGCGCAUGGAAGGCUGAGGCAGGGGGAUCUGUGUGACUUCUAGAACAACAUGGGCUACUUAGUGAAUUCAAGACCAUACUGUAUAGACAGUAAGUGCCUGUUUAAAAAGUAACAACAACAAAAUAAACCUGUUUUACUAAGCAACUGUAA